UGUUAGGCACUACCUCAGAAAUCCUUUCAAGAAGAGAGACGGAGAAACAGAGAGAGAGCCAUGGCGAAGCAAGAGUUCUUCUACCAUCUGUCCCUUCUCCAUGAAAAAAUCCAACAGGUGCAGGGUCUAGUGCAGCUUGCUCUGCCACACCAAUCACCAACACAACAAGGAUCGAUCGCUUCAAGAAUUGGCAGCAUCAUGCAAGAGGUUGUCUUGACGGCAUCAAGCUUGAUGGCCAUAUCUCAAAGCUUUGGCCUGAAUCCAGCAAAGACACAACCCAGAGCGGGCCCUAAUGAUGGACCUGCUAUUGGCCCCCUUGAAGGUGAGGAGUGGGUUCUCAUGGAGGACGGCAGCGUUCAUCUAGAUGGCUAUGCAAGUGGCCUGAGCAUAGAUAUCUUCAAUGACCUUCCCCAAGUCAACCAUGGAGAUCACACAGCAGGCUUCAGAUUCAAUGGUCAGAAAGCAGCAGCAGGGUCUCUUGACACAUCCUCUUGUGAGAUUGUUGAACUGAGCCCAGCUGACAUCUUGGCUGAGUUCACCCACUACUGCCAUAUAUGUGGGAAAGGCUUCAAGAGGGGUGCAAAUCUGAGAAUGCAUAUGAGAGCCCAUGGGGAUGAAUACAAGACAAAUGCUGCACUUGUGAGGCCCAAGAACAACACUGAGGAUGGCAUGGACAAGGGCUCCCCAUUGGACGUCCCCAGGAAGUAUUCAUGCCCACAUGAAGGGUGCAGGUGGAACAAGAACCAUGCGAAAUUCCAGCCCCUGAAAUCAAUGAUAUGUGUGAAGAAUCACUACAAGAGAAGCCACUGUCCUAAGGUCUAUGUCUGCAAGAGGUGCAACUCUAAGAAGUUCUCAGUGUUGGCAGAUCUGAGAACACAUGAAAAGCACUGUGGGGAUCUCAAGUGGCAGUGCUCCUGCGGGACAAGCUUCUCUAGAAAGGACAAGCUUCUGGGACAUGUUGCCUUAUUCAAGGGUCACACUCCCUUUGUGAGGUGCUCAACUCUGCCAAGAAAAGCCUGAUAAGGUAGAGGUGGAUCACUUCAACUCCUUGUAAAUAUAAGUUGGCAGAUUAGUAUUCCCAUGAAUAAAGUGAUUUAAUCAAUUAGGUGCCGAA